AUGACGUCAGCUCCCAGGUCGCCGGGAGAGGAAACAAACAUGGCGACAGAGCGGAGGGGACAUCGAGGAUGUGUCCUGACUUUGAUCAUAUGCGCGUGGGGCGUCGGCGGAGCGCGGGACGCCGCGGCGACGUCAAGUGUCAGCAGCGGCGGAAGCCACGUGCUCGGCAUGCGGCUGGAGAGGAGCGACAAGCCGUUCGGCACCACCGAGGACGGCGUGGUUCAGGUGACGGAGGAGAGCUCCGUGCAGCUCCGCUUCUAUGGAGCUCAGCUUCACCCGGGCACCUGGGCUCAGAUCCGCUUCACGGAGCUCGUGGACGACGAGGAGAGGGGUUACGACGAGAACGGGACUUGCGUCGACUUCACCAAGGACAUCAGCGUCGGUACCAGCAUGGACGUCAGCGGCCGGGGGACGACGGGGCUGCUCAGCGUCCACGUCAAACCUCUUCGGAAGAGCGAGCCGCAGAAGGAGUACGCACUGUGCGUACUGAGUCCCGACGGCAGCAGAUGGGUGCUGGUGGGGGAGAGCGACGGCAGGAUCCUGGUGGUGGAGGAGAAGAAGUCGCUGCUCCCCGUGUGGCUGCAGGUCAUCAUCAUCUGCUGCCUGCUGGUGCUCUCCGGCAUGUUCAGCGGCUUGAACCUCGGGCUGAUGGCGCUGGACCCCAUGGAGCUCCGCAUCGUGCAGACUUGCGGCACGGACAAGGAGAAGAGAUACGCGCGAAAAAUCGAGCCAAUCCGCAGCAAAGGGAACUACUUGCUCUGUUCUUUGCUCCUGGGCAACGUCUUGGUGAACACCACGCUCACCAUCCUGCUGGAUGACCUCAUAGGGUCGGGUCUGGGCGCGGUGGUCGCCUCCACCGUCGGCAUCGUUAUCUUUGGGGAGAUCGUCCCCCAGGCGCUGUGCUCCAGACACGGGCUGGCCGUCGGGGCGAGCACUAUCCUGUGCACCAAGUUCUUCAUGCUGCUCACCUUCCCCUUGUCCUUCCCCGUCAGCAAGCUGCUGGACGUCCUGCUGGGCCAGGAGAUCGGCACCGUGUACAACAGGGAGAAACUCGUGGAGAUGCUGAAGGUCACCGAGCCCUACAACGACCUGGUCAAAGAGGAGAUGAACAUGAUCCAGGGAGCGCUGGAGCUCCGCACCAAGACCGUGGAGGGCGUGAUGACGCCCUUGUCCAACUGCUUCAUGAUACAGGCGGACGCGGUGCUGGAUUUCAACACCAUGUCAGAGAUCAUGGAGAGCGGGUACACCCGCAUUCCGGUGUACGACGACGAGAGGUCCAACAUCGUGGAUAUCCUCUAUGUGAAGGACCUGGCUUUUGUGGACCCCGACGACUGCACCACGCUGAAGACCAUCACCAAGUUCUACAACCAUCCCGUGCACUUUGUCUUCCACGACACCAAACUGGACGCCAUGCUGGAGGAGUUCAAGAAAGGUAAAUCCCACCUGGCCAUUGUCCAGAAGGUGAACAAUGAGGGGGAGGGAGAUCCCUUCUACGAGGUGCUGGGAUUGGUCACCUUGGAGGACGUCAUUGAGGAGAUCAUCAAAUCAGAGAUCCUGGAUGAGUCUGACCUGUACACUGACAACAGUAACAGGAAGAAAGUGGAUCCCAACAAGAGUAAGCGGGAUUUUUCUGCCUUCAAACAAGAGAGUGACACUAAAGUGAAGAUCUCUCCUCAGCUCAUGCUGGCAGCACACCGCUUCCUAGCCACAGAGGUGAGCCUAUUCAGCCCGUUCCAGAUCACAGAGAAGGUCCUGCUGCGGAUCCUCCAACACCCGGACGUCAUCCAGGAAAUCAAGUUUAAUGAAAAUGACAAACGCUCGGCACAGCACUUUAUUUACCUCAGAGGAAAACCCGCAGACUACUUCAUACUCAUCCUGCAGGGACGAGUGGAGGUGGAAGCAGGAAAUGAAAACAUGAAGUUUGAAACUGGGCCAUUCUCCUUCUACGGAGUCAUGGCUUUGACCACACCGUCACUUGCGGUCACCCCUCCUCUCUCCCCAUCCGUGGCAUCCCCCCCUCCACGCCGCCUCUCUCUUAAGAGGUUUUCUCUCUUCUCUCGUUUCCCAGAGUUCCGUUCUCCAUCUCACGGGGGGGGUCUUAACCGUUCUGCAUCUCUGAGCUGCACCGAGCGUGCACCAGACAGUGCCUCAGUGGGCGGUAGCACCGCUCACAUGCCUGGUACCCCACUGCAGUACACGCCCGACUUCUGUGUACGUGCCCUCACAGACCUUCAGUUUGUCAAGAUCACUCGUUCGCAAUACCAGAAUAGCCUCUUGGCAUCCAGGCUAGACAGUAACCCCCAGUCUCCGGACGGCAGUCGUUCUCGCCUGGAUACGUCUGUGUCCUUGCCCCUCAGCAUGCCUCCAGCAGCAUGCGUUUCAUUGCCCCUGGCUACCCCACCUAUCAAAAAUCCUCCAUCCCUCUCUCAGCCCACACCACCUAUUAACCGCACCUCUGUACUCCAAACCACACCCUCUCCCUCCAGUCCCAGGCCAAGUCACUCCCUGCCCCAACCAGUGCCCCCUCCAAGUAGUUCCCUCUCCCAAACCCCACCACCUUCCACAGGUACAGAUCCGCACACCACUCACCCCCAUGCAACUUUUACAUCUUCUCUCCCCUCGAAGUCCCAGCCAUCCCCACCUUCUGCUUGCCCGGAGAAUGGGCCGGGAGAGACCACCACUCUAUUCAAAGUGCAGCAGAACUGUAUGGGCCUUCCCAGGUCAAGCCACCCCCACACAUACUCCCAUCCCCACCCACAUGUGCACACGAUCAGCCACGCCCACACUGAAAGCACCAUUUAA